UAUUAUUAGGAAGCAAUUUAAUAAUUUAAUUAAUUUUAGGGGAUGAACAGAUGCGACGCAGUUAGAGUUUGAUGUUGGGAACGAAAGAAGACAGCAGUACCUUCUUAAUCCAUACAGAUUCGCGUGCCGAAAGUCCAACUGUGAAUCAAGAAUCAAGAAGAUAUUUUUGUUAUACAGCGCAUUUAUCUUCAGCUUUCAAUUUCGCUCCCGAGUUUCCCGAUCUUCAUCAAGAAACGAAUCGGCGGUGUUAAAUUGAUGAUGAGCAGUUGAAAUUUCGUUCAACAAUGGCCGAUUCUACGACGGUCAACACUAUCUCGCCGAACGCGGACGAACCGAAGUCGGGAGACGAUGGAAAGAGGAACGAAGAUUUGGUUUCCGAUCCGGAAUUUUUUUGUUGUUUGCUUCAGCCUUCAACUCCUGAUUCAGAUCCCAAUUACAUUGGAAUACGUCGCCUCCUCCUCUACCGCAAGGCUCAGGCUGGAGUUCUCCGCCGCGAGAGCUGGAGAUGUAAUGGAAAAGGAUAUGUGGCCUACCGUAAUUACAUCAAUAGGCCAAGAAAUUCAGAGAGUUUGCGGACACCAAGUCGCACAAGCACUCCAGGCCACAGUGGACGAUGGGUACCAUCUCCAAGUCCACUUGCUCCACUUUUCGAGGGAGACAUUUGGAAUCCUAUUAAGGAAAUACGAAGUAACAGCCGAACACUGAGCCACAGCGCAAGCUUCAAUUCUAAUGCAAGUGAUAUUGACUACCCACAUAAAAAGAGUGAGCCUGCAUAUUCAUUUAUAGGGAUGCACUGCAUUUUUGACCAAUGCAAAGCCAUGGUUACGGUCAUAAAGUUUGGGCAUAUGAGCUCAGAUCUGCUUGCAUAUGGAGCGGCAGACGGAAGCUUGACUGUCUGCACUGUCUCCACACCACCAUCAGUUCUGCAUCAGUUAACAGGGCACACAAAAGAUGUCACAGAUUUUGACUUCUCAGCAAACAAUCAAUACAUUGCAUCUGCCUCGAUUGAUAAGACAGUUCGAGUGUGGGAUAUCUCAAAAGGCAUUUGCAUGAGGGUUAUCUAUGGUGUAUCCUCACAACUUUGCAUCCGCUUUCAUCCUGGGAAUAAUAAUUUUCUCUCAGUUGGGAACAAAAAUAAAGAAAUAAUGGUGUACAAUUUCAGUACGGGCAGAUCGAUCCAUAAGUGUACUUUCGAUAGUGAGGUGACAGCUAUGGACCACGAUCACACAGGUCAACUUAUCUUCUGCGGUGAUGCUCAAGGAUGUGUGUACUCGGUUACUAUGGAUUCACGUACCGGUGCCCUAUCACGUUCUCAUCGACACAGAAGUAAAUCCAAGCAUAAAUCUCCCGUCACAACCGUGCAAUAUAGAAUAUUUUCCUUGCUUGCACGGGGUCCAGUGUUGUUGACUCUAAGUCAAGAUGGAGAUUUGUCAUUCUUCAGUAUUUCUCUGGAGGUGCAAGGUUAUUUGACGCUACGAUGCGCGCUCAAAUUGGCACCACGCUUACACAGCAUCCGCGCCUCUUUUUGCCCCAUGCUUUCCCUCGAGAAAGGAGAAUUCAUAGUUGCCGGGAGUGAGGAUGCAAGUGUUUACUUCUACGACUUAACCCGCCCUCGACAUACAUGUGUAAACAAAUUGCAGGGUCACAGCUACCCGGUCAUCGGCAUAUCCUGGAACCAUGGCGAGAACUUGUUGGCAUCUUCGGACUUUGGCGGCACAGUCAUUGUGUGGAAGAGAGCUAAGACAAGUUGAAUGAACUGUAAGUCCUGUGGGGAAGCCUCUUGUGUUUAAAGUAUGUUAUUGUACACUAAAACCAAAUACGAUGAAAAGGUCAAAUUUUUAGGGGUAUAGGAAUUUGUUUAACCCUUGUAGCUAAUCUGGAAAAUAAAAUGUGGGCAAUACUGAAUGGAAAUAUACAUAUACAUACGUAUAUAUAUAUAUGCACGUUAUGAAUUGAGUUGUCA